AUGGCACCGCAAGCUGAAACGCGAACGCCCGUGCUGCAGACGGCCAAUGUGGCCACCGGCACUUCCGGCGCAGUUCUUGGUCAGGGGAUGACCCAUACCAGGCAGGACGUGCAGCUGGCGUGCGAGGAGAUCAUCUACGAGGAGACGGGAAGCCGGCUCGCGGAACCAGACCGCCAUAUGAUCUCCGACGACCGUGUCAUCCAGAACCUGCUCGCACUGGAAUCGCACACCAUACCGAAGAGCUGCUACUUCGGGAAACAGUGGGACCUUAAGCCGCACAUGCGCAAGAUCGUCACCACGUGGAUGCUGGAGGUUUGCGAUGAGCAAAAGUGCGAAGAGCAGACCUUUCCGCUGUCCGUGAAUUUCUUCGACCGCUUCCUGUGCGCCCUGCAGAUCGGCCGCAACCACCUGCAGCUGCUCGGAUGUUGCUCACUGCUGCUGGCGUCGAAAAUUCGCCAAUGUCAGCCCUUAACGGUCGACGUGCUGAGUGCCUACACCGACCAAGCGGUGACAUCGGAUGAGAUAAGGAACUUUGAAUUGGUGUUGAUCGGCCGGCUCGAGUGGAACAUCAACGCCGUGACGGCCUACGACUACGUCGAUCACAUCCUGGAGCGUGCGAAGUGGGGCUCGGACGACUCCCGGCUGCGCGAACACGCGCACACGCUCAUCCACGUCUGCAAUACGGAGACCACGUUCAUGCAAGUGAAACCUUCCCUGCUCGCCGUGGCCUGUAUCGCGGCGGCCACCCGUGGCCUGAACGUGUCGACGAAGUUCGCCGUCGGCUACGACCUCUGCCGGCUGACUACGCACAAUCUCGACAAGAUCGAUUUUUUCGUCAAAUUGAUCGAGGAAAUUGUGGCCCGCGAAAUCGCCGACAAGCAGUGCCAACAGCAGCAGGCGGCCGCCCAGCAGCAGCAGCUUGCCGCCGGUGGCAGCAGUUGCAAGGAGCAGUAUCAGCAGGCCCCACAAAAGCUGUCCUCGGCGAGCGCCAAAACCGCCCCCCAGCAGCAGCAACCGGAAACGCCGACCGACGUACAGUUCAUCUACUUCUAG